AUGGGAAAAUACAACAACAACAACAACGAUAAUAAUAAUGAACAAGAAGAACAAAAUUUUCCUGAAAUAAAUCUUAGUUUUUAUGAAGAAGACUCAAACAACAAUAACAAUAAUAAUACCGAUGAGGAGGAGGUUGAGGUUGAGGUUGAUAAUAAACCAAGAGACUAUAGUAAUGAUUCUUUUGCAAAAUUUUCCCAAGAAAUUAUAACCUCUUCCCAAGCAACUCCUCGACUUUCUUUUCCUGUAAGAAAUAGGAGAAGACCUAAUAACCUAUCAAUUGAACCUCUAUCUUUAAACAAUGAUUUGGAAGAGGUUGAAGAAGAGAUUACAGAUCAAACUGUUAGUUUAAUUAGUAAAUCUCAACUAGAUUUAUCUUUAAGCCUAUCUAACAUUUCAGCUAUAUCAAGAGUGAGUUUAGAUUUAGCAGGAAUUUUAACUAGAUUCGCUUUAGAAACAUGCAAAAUUUCUACCAAAGCUGGCUUGGGAAUUGCGCGUGCCAUGACCACAGUUAUGUCUAAUAGAAUUUUACAGGCUGCAACAAGGGAUGGUCAAUUAAGUGUAUAUUUUCUUCCUAGAAUUAUUGAUGCGACAACAACGUUAUUACACCGUACUCUUUCAUUGACCGAACAAGUUACACUAGCAGGUCUAGAUAAAACUUCUACGACACUACAAUAUGCGCUGGGAACUGCCACCGAAAGCAUAUCAAUUAUCUAUGCUUUGUUUGGUACAACUGAUGCUGCUAAGGCUUUGGCCGAAUUCGUUCAACUUGUAAAAAGAGAAUGGAAUGCUAAUGAUGAUGAUCAUUUGGAGAAACUCGAAACUUUUGGUGCUUUCCGAGUCAUCAAGUCCUUAACAGCUUGGGCUUGUUUACAAUAUAUAACUAAUGAAAAGUAUGAGAAUGAAUUGUGUGGGUGGAAGAGAGUUAAACUGGUUGAUUUAUGGGAUAUAUGUAAUGGCUGGGUAGAAAUUAGCCAUGACGACACAAUUUAUGAGGACUUGGAAUGGUUGAUGGUGGAUGACGAGGAGGAAGAAAUGGUGGUUAUAACAUCUAAUAAAUCAAGUAAAAUUGUGGUUGGUGAACUCACACCCCGUGACGAAAUACCAGAGUUUAGUUUUUCGAUGAAUGAUGAACGUACAAAACGUUUGAGUAAUCUAUUUUUAGAAACAACCAAACGUUACAGUAAUCCUUAUUUAGACGAAUACGAAAAUCAAACUGAAGAAGAAAAAUUGUUUUCUGUGCUUCACAAUCUCAAAAGAUACUCGAAAUUUUCUUCGUCUGCCUACGAUUUUAAAACUGCAAUAAUUGGUAAUUUUCCAUUAUUGAAGCGUAGGUAUACUGGUAAGGGCACACUUCACAGGUUUACAUUUGCUAGAUCAAGCGAGCUGCCACUGGAUUCCAUAGUCGAUACUUCUCAUCAAAAAAACUCGACCGUCAACAGUUCAAUGUAUCAACCAACGUAUUUCCUAAUAAGAGAUCAUACAACUCAGUCAAUAAUUUUAGCAUUACGUGGUACAAUGUCAAUACACGACUUGAUUGUUGAUUUGACUUGCGAGUAUGAAAAAUUCCAAUUACCCGAAGAUAUCCAAAAAGGUGACAAUACAAUACAUUAUGUGCACAAAGGAAUGUUCCAAGUGGCAAAGAGUUUAGUUAAACCUGGAAAAGUAGGUGUUUUUGAAGCAUUAAAAAGGGAAUUGCAACAGAAUGAUGGUUAUGGUUUGGUCUUGGUUGGCCAUUCACUUGGCGCUGGUGUUGCGAGUUUAUUAACAUUAUUGUUGGCGUCACCUACUACACGUAUGACAACUAGAUGGAGUGGUUUGCCUUUAGGCCGUAGAGUACAUUGUUAUGUAUUUGCCACGCCGUGUGUGAUGUCGAUUGACUUAUCUAAAAAAGCAAAAACUUUAGUAACAUCUGUAGCUUAUGGUAAUGAUGUUGUAUGUAGAUUGAGUUUAGGUCAUGUAAAAGAUUUACGUGGUGUAGUACGAUAUUUGGGCAGCGCAAAUGCAUCAACCACUCCUAAAACGCCAUCUCCGUCAAAAGUUGAAGCAGAUCAAGAAGUUAUACCCGAAGAAAAUCAUGAACUGGCUAGUAAGGUGUUUAGGAAAUUUUUGGAUUACAAAUCUAGGACGUUUUCAGAGAACGAUGAAAAGAGCAUGGUUAUUAAACGUGAAUUUGAACAAUUCUUUUGGAAUGUUAGAGAAGAAAUCCGUUCACAUAUGAAAAAUGUUAAAUUAUAUCCUCCUGGUAAAGUAUAUUGGAUUAUUGAUAGUAAAAGAGCACCAUAUUGUAAUGCCAGUGAAGAGAUUGUCAGUGAUGGCCCUGACGAAGAGAUAUUUUUUGAGAAAAAUGGAUUAUAUAAUAUGUUGGAGAUUAAUAAUGUUGAAAAUAUUUUUGAUGAAAUAUGGUUUACUCCACAAAUGAUGACUGAUCAUCUUCCACAUGUUUAUGAAAAUGUUUUGAAAAAAUUAUAA